AUGACUGAAUUCUUAAAUUCGAUUUUUCUGAGUGUAUAAUUCGAAUGGCUUCAGUAAACGAAAAUUUUGAUGAUGAAAUUGCCGUUAAAUCUCCAUCGAAUGCAUCAACGAAUGAAUUACCAUCAUUAAAAGAUUUUUCAGAAAAUGUUGAAAAUAUUAUUCGAAAAAUAAAUCGUCGAUUUAGUAAAAAUCAAUCCAAUUGUCAUACAAUACUUUAUUAUGGAAAUGAUGCUGAUCGUCUUCGUUUGAUUGAAUUCUUGUUUGGUCAACAUAUUGUAUCCAAAUGUCAAUGGGAUGUUCAUCUGAUACGUACCAAUCAUUUACCGAAUCUUUUCGAUCAUCAACAAGCUCGUGAAUUAAUUCAAACAACUAAACAAAUGGAUGAUUUAUGUUUUUUGAAAAUAUACUAUUUAACGAGUCGUGAAUCUCUAUUCAAUCAUAUGAUGAGUGUUAGUGCUAGUAAUCAGAAUCGAUUACUACCAAAAGCUUUCAUCAUUGAUGAUAUUAUGGCAUAUGUAGCUGAUUCAUCAAAGGAUCAACAAUCAUCGAAUGAUGAACCGCAACAAUCAGUUGAUAUUGAAACCGAUCUAGGUCCUAAAAGAAAACGACCACGAACAAAUUGUUGGAAUCGAUUGGAUGAACAAUUUCAAAAUCUAAUUCGUAUUGUAAAUGGUUCGAUAGAAACACUGGAAUAUUGUGCAUCUCGAUUACAACGAACAACGUAUUUAAUAGUCAAAAUUGAUUUGAAAACAUUUUAUGCAAACGAUUCUUCACUUCAACAAAAUCAAUUGUUUAAAUUGAAUAGAGCUCAUUUCAAAUAUAAAAUUAAUGUCGACCAAACUCCUUUUGAAAUCAAUUCAAUCUGA